AUGGUUGCUGAUUUAGUUGCAAAGAAGACCAGAAAGACUGCUAGACCACAACAAUUAAGACCUACCUUGGUUCCAGGUACCGUUUUAAUCUUGUUAGCUGGUAGAUUCAGAGGUAAGAGAGUUGUUUACUUGAAGCACUUAGAAGACAACACUUUGUUAGUCUCCGGUCCAUUCAAGGUCAAUGGUGUUCCAUUAAGAAGAGUUAACGCUAGAUACGUUAUUGCAACCUCCACCAAGAUCGACGUUUCUUCUUUGGACUUAGCUAAGUUCAAUGCUGCUUACUUUGCAAGAGAAAAGACCAACAAGAAGUCCAAGUCUGAAAAGGACUUCUUCGGUGAAGGUACUGCAAAGAAGGAAAUCAAGUCUGAAAGAGUUGAAGACCAAAAGGUUGUUGACAAGGCUUUAAUUGCUGAAAUCAAGAAGACUCCUUUAUUAAAGCAAUACUUAGCUGCUUCUUUCUCCUUAAAGAACGGUGACAAGCCACAUGCAAUGGUUUUCUAA